CGCAGCAAUCUCUAUCAGAAGUGAAUUUGCUAUACGUUCGUAAAUUACUAGUUUCACUAACGUAGAAAAACCAUCGACAAGUUUUGAUACCAUGACUAAUGGUGUCACUGUUUCUUUGACCGUUUCACUUAUUUUAACGAUCGUCGGUAUCAUAGUUUCGGGACAAUCGCCGCUACAAUGCUCAUCAUUUUGUGUGUGUGACACCUGGUACGGUUUGCUACGCGCCUCUUGCACGAGCCGCCAUCUUUACAGUAUACAUACAGGUGCACCGAGCUACGUACAAGCUUUGGAUUUGUCGGAUAAUGUGAUAUCAUCUCUAACUAAUUUCGAGCUGACGUAUGCAGAUCUUACAGAACUGAAAUACCUCAAUCUUUCUAAAAAUGCAAUUAGUGACAUUAGUUUAAAUGCUUUCCAUGGCCUUAGAAAAUUGAGAGUAUUGGACUUAUCGGAAAAUCGGCUUAUGUAUAUUUUGGACGACACCUUUGAGAACAAUAACAAUCUACGAAUAUUAAGACUAUCGAAUAAUAAUUUCAAAUCGCACGUACCAAAAUUGCGAUCCAUUUGGUUAACGGAAUUAAGUUUAGAUUCGUGUCACGUCAAUUACUUACCUUCUGACACGUUCAAUGGACUCACGCAAAUUCGUUACCUCGAUCUUUCAAACAAUGAGAUGAUUCAGAUGAGCCACACUAUCUUGCAAAGGUUGCCUGUUUUGAAGAACUUAUUAUUAAAAGGAAAUCCAUUCUAUUGUGACAAAGUUAUGCAUGAUUUAGAAAGGUACCUCAAUUAUAUAAACGUCAAAUACGAUUAUAGUUGUAAGGCAACAGGUUCACAAAAAUUUGAGAAAAUGGUUAUCUUACCCGUCACGAAACAACGCACUUAUCAUCACUCGGCAAUUGAGGAAAUAUCCACUAAAGAAACUAUACCGGUAACUAAAUACAACGUUUCAAGUAUAUUAAAUAAGAAUCUGUCGACAUGUGAACAAAUGGCAAAUCAAACAAAUAUCAUUCAUUCAAAUCUGCCUUUACCGUAUUGGUUUCUUUGCAUCGGUUUUAUAUCUGGUAUUUCAAGUGGACUCGUUAUAUGUUACAUUUGGCUGACGGGAAAGUUUUCAUGCACCCGAAGACGCAGGCAUCGUGAUCCAUUUUAUAGCGUCUCUCAAGGAUUAUCUUUGCUGCGGAAUUCAUACUUACGAGGUUAUAUUGAUAACGACGAAAGUUUGAUAGGAUCUUGUCCAGGUACUCCGCCACCGCCAUACCGGGAUGUUAUGCUACAACCAAACCUGUAUCGUUGUCCAUCAAUAUUUACAAAUUUAAAUAACAAUGGUACUGGACAUAGAGAGAGCUAUACGUAACUUCAGAAGGUAACUCAUUGUUACAACGUGACUGGGACAAAGUGUACACGCGCAUUAUUCUAUAAUUUAUUUAACGUUGAAGUUUCAAUUUCUUUUUUACGCUAUAUAUUUCUCAUACAACCUCAUUCAAUAGUGAUUUGCACACAUGAUUGUUGUUAUACGUCGUAUAUUAACGACUGAGUCAUCAACCAAUGAUGAUAAUUAAAUGGAUGGAUUAUUUCUGAAGAAAGUGAAUUGGAUAAAAGUACAUUUAGCAAGUGAAUUGAUGA